AUGGCGCAGAAGAACAACUUGAUUGAAACCACCUUGGAGCGCCUCACUAAGCAAAACCACGCUUCCAUGAAGGUUUUGCUUCGCUACGUCUACUGUGAAAUCAAGCAAAUGCCCAAUGCGAGAGGAGGUUCCUGGUGCAAAAUGAUUAUGCGCUUCGUCGACAAGGAAGGCAAGGGUCUGUACGCGGAGCUUCGCGCGUCGGACGCCUCCACUCUGAAGAAGGUGGCUGAUCCCUGGAACCAGGAUGUCUUCUAUGCCACGCACCUCAAGCCGGUCAGUAAUAACAAAUUCUUCGCUGGGCUCUAUGUGGAUUUGUCAGACAGAGCCUCGAGGGCCAAAGUGAUUCCGGUUGCUUCUUCCCACCCGUCGGCGAUGGAGAUCAAGACCAUCUUCCCCCUUGCAAGGUCGGACUUCUCGGUGUUGGCGACACAGUGCCAAGGGCGCGAGCGUGUGGAUGUCAUUGGACUGGUCACGGAGCUCGAGAUGCCGAAUACCUCCAAGCCCAAAGCCAACCUCUGGUUAAAGGACACGUCGGGCAAGGAGAUGCUGGUGAACAUCUGGGGCGACCGCUUCGUAAAGAGUCUGGCUAACGCGCACAAAGGUAGCGUCGUUCAGAUCGACAACCUUUCCCUGCUGAAGAAGGAGAACGAUUCCAUCGAAGGCGCCGCGGAACAUUUCAUCGACAACGACAAGCACGGCUUUAGUAUGCUGCACGUGGACCCCAUAGGCGAUCAGGCACGGGAGCUUCGGGAUCUGGAACCCACGCAAGGCGAUCGCAUCUCUGUUCCUUGGUGCCCUUCCUUGAGUGGUGGCGGCAGGCUGACCACUGACUUCGGGCCCUGCUACGUCGCAUGCGCCGCAACUAUGAAUGCAUUCGGCAGCGCAAUGGAGCAGGGAUCAACGCAGGACUGCCUUCGCGAGAAAGUCGAAGUGGCCCUGCACAACGUCUGGCUCGUCGACAUCGUUGGGGAUCCAGUCUAUACUCCGUGCAAAGUGUGUUCCACGAAGAUCGACCCAACUUCCGGUAAGUGCAAGCGUGCCACCGAUGGAUGUCAGACGGAGCCUGCGGAUGCCCAGCGAGUGCUGGCCACCGUGCACUUGGCGGACUGGACGGGGCAGCUCAGCAACGUGCUUGUGGGAGGACCGGAGCUGGCGGCGCUGGCCCGGGUCCGUGACGAAGAGAAGCUGGUUGAGUUGAUCCAGUUGAAAGGCAGUGAGGCAGUCUGCUUCAGGGGGCCGUGCGACGCACGGCUGGGCACGUCGCACCGCCUCGGCCAACCGCGGGGGGGCUCCGCGCAGCAAGCUUCGCAGGAGUACGACGAGGACCGGCGUCCGAUGGUGAAAAAGGUCACCCGUCUUGCGACCGAGAAGCGAGAUGGUGCUGUGCUGCCAGUCCAGUGUCCGAUUGCCGAUUUGAUGUGCUCAGACAUGGGCACCUUCUUCAAGUUAGGCGGUGUCUUCGCAAACUACGUGACCGUUGUGGCCUUUGCCGAGGACGAGCCCACCGUGGAGGAGGUGUUCAAGGACGAGGAGAAGCACCUGUUGACGAAGCACAAGGAGGUGUACUCGCACACGCUCGAGCGUGUAGGAGACAGAAAGGCAUUCGGGAUCGAGGCUUUUUGUCAAUUCACAAAUUGCUUCCUCUUCAACAUGGCAGACGGCCUUCCGCGCUUGAUCUUGGGCCGUGUGAUCAAGAAUGCUGCAACCCAGGAGGUGGUUUUGCAGGUGGAAUGGAUGUCGAAAGUGACACCUGAGCAGAUCAAGACAUUCUCGAGGGAGCGUGAGAUGGUCUGGAACCUCCUCAAGGGCGGACCGGCGUUGCAAAGCAACAAACGACCUGCCAGCAGCCUCGUGCAGGAGACGCCAUCGAAAGUGAAGUGCAGCGCUUGGGAAAUGAACUGA